AUGAGAUUUGCGUUUGUUUUGGCAUUGAUCGCCGCAGCAUGGUACGCCAUGGAAAAGGCGCUGUACACCUGGCUACCUUUGAACUAUGUUUUCGAGCCGCAGACUUUGGAGACAAUUGCCAACCGAGUGAUCGCAACGCACAAAUCCUUGGGCGAAGACUCAACCACGGAAGCGUUGCUGAAGGACGUGAGAGAGGAACUCGCAGAGUACUACGGUGACCAAUACAUCAACAAAUACGUGAAGGAGGAAUGGGUGUUCAACAACGCAGGCGGUGCGAUGGGCCAGAUGCUGAUCUUGCACGCGUCCGUCUCGGAAUACUUGAUUUUGUUUGGCUCAGCGGUCGGCAACGAGGGCCACAGUGGUGUGCACUUUGCAGACGACUACUUCACAAUCCUCAAGGGCACGCAGUUCGCAUCGCUGCCUUGGAAUCCAAGCCCAGAGGUGUAUACCGCCGGGAUGACCCACCACAUGGCCAAAGGCACUGCUAAACAGUACGGUAUGGCACAGGAGUCUUUCGCGCUCGAGUACGCGCGCGGCUGGAUCCCCUGCAUGUUGCCAUUCGGAUUCCUCGACACUUUCACCAGCACUUUGGAUUUCUACACGCUAUACCGGACCGUGUAUCUCACAGGUCGCGACAUGAUCAAAAACCUGGUGAUCAAUCGGAAAUUUUGA